AGACGCAAGCCAUGGCGCGGAUCUGCAACACAGUCUCGGCGCUCCUCCUCGUGGCCGCUGCAGCAGCGACGGCUCGAGCGACAGAGGUCACGUUCGACUUCGAGGCCGACUUGGACGGAUGGACGGCGUUGCGGAGGAGUUGGCGCUGGUCGGACCGCGACGGUCUGAGCUCGUCCCUGCCCGCGGACUGGCGCGACGGUUUUGCGGUCUUGGACCAGGCCUCCAGUGACGAACUGCACUCGCCUCAGAUCUCCAUGCCCGAAGGAGGCAGCGUCAGUAUGACCUUCUACUUGCGCUCGAAGCACGUGGGGUCGAAUACCCUGACGCUCUUCUACUUUGUGGACGGUGAAAGCUUCCCGCUGCUCGACCUCGGGGACUAUUCGCUCCCGAACACCACGGACUGGGUCACCGUCUCCGCUGACAUACCGCCCACUCCGAAUCCUCUGUCGGUGGAGGUAUUUUGUUUCAAUGGCUAUGAUACGGUGCCUGGAGAAGAUCUUCUUGGCUGCGCUUUGGACCAGAUUGUUGUUCAUAUAAACUGCGAACCAACGGUGAGUCCGACUGAUGAACCAACAACACCAGGGACAGAAGCUCCAACUGAAGCCACAACAGAGCCAGAAACUGAAGCACCAACUGAAGGGCCAACAGAGCCAGAAACUGAUGCCCCAACUGAAACACCAACAGAACCAGAAACUGAAGCUCCAACAGAAGGCCCAACAGAACCAGAAACUGAUGCCCCAACAGAAGCUCCAACAGAACCAGAAACUGAAGCUCCAACAGAAGGCCCAACAGAACCAGAAACUGAAGCACCAACUGAAGGGCCAACAGAGCCAGAGACUGAAGCUCCAACAGAAGGCCCAACAGAACCAGAAACUGAAGCACCAACUGAAGGGCCAACAGAGCCAGAAACUGAUGCCCCAACUGAAGCACCAACAGAACCAGAAACUGAAGCUCCAACAGAAGGCCCAACAGAACCAGAAACCGAUGCCCCAACAGAAGCUCCAACAGAACCAGAAACUGAAGCUCCAACAGAAGGCCCAACAGAACCAGAAACUGAUGCCCCAACAGAAGGCCCAACAGAGCCAGAAACUGAUGCCCCAACAGAAGGCCCAACAGAGCCAGAAACUGAUGCCCCAACAGAAGGCCCAACAGAGCCAGAAACUGAUGCCCCAACAGAAGGCCCAACAGAGCCUGAAACUGAUGCCCCAACUGAAGCACCAACAGAACCAGAAACUGAUGCCCCAACAGAAGGCCCAACAGAGCCAGAAACUGAUGCCCCAACAGAAGGCCCAACAGAGCCAGAAACCGAUGCCCCAACAGAAGGCCCAACAGAACCAGAAACUGAUGCCCCAACUGAAGCUCCAACAGAACCAGAAACUGAUGCCCCAACAGAAGGACCAACUGAGCCAGAAACUGAAGCUCCAACAGAAGGCCCAACAGAGCCAGAAACUGAUGCCCCAACAGAAGGCCCAACAGAGCCAGAAACUGAUGCCCCAACAGAAGGCCCAACAGAACCAGAAACUGAUGCCCCAACUGAAGCACCAACAGAGCCAGAGACUGAUGCCCCAACAGAAGGCCCAACAGAGCCAGAAACUGAUACCCCAACAGAAGCUCCAACAGAACCAGAAACUGAUGCUCCGACUGAAGGCCCAACUGAGCCAGAAACGGAAGCACCAACAGAACCAGAGACUGAUGCUCCAACCGAACCAGAAACCGAAGCCCCAACCGGAGAGCCGACGGUGCCGCCGAGUACAACAGAGAGCCCGGAUGGCCCCCUCGUCUACACCUUCAACCGCGGCGCUGCUGGCUGGACCCUGAGUCACAUGAACGGAGCCACGUGGACCCGCACGGAGUUUGCCAGCAACGGGCGCCCUGUGAACGAGCCUCCUAAUGGCCCGUGGGUUUUGGAAAUCCAACCUGACGAGGUCCUGGCAGGUACCGUUGUUGCCCAGAGCCCCUUGCUCGAAGCAGUCGACACCAGGAUGGCCGUGGCGGUCACCUUCUGGAUGGACGGCGCCGAAGAUUUCCAGGCUGAGCUGAAAGUCCGACGAAAGACGGACUUUAGCACUUUCGACGUGGACCCCAUCAUGAACCUUGACCCCUUCGGCGACCAGGAGAACCACCGCUGGAUCACGUACCUGGCGACCCUUGACGGCCUGACUCCUGGGCAGUCCUUUAAUAUUAUUCUGGAGGGCUCCCUGGGCGGACACCCCAACAACUCGGUGGCUGUGGACAUGGUGGAAGUCCGGGGCGUCCGGGAGGUCCCCCUCGGCCACUCGUCCUUCUUCGACUUCGAGAACGGCCUCCAAGGCUGGUCGUCCGGGAACCUGGAGGGCGGGCGAUGGCUCCUGCAGACCUGGAGCGAGCUGGAGCCCUCGGUGGGCGUCCCGCGGCCCUCCGACGGGGAGAACUUCCUCUUCGUGGAGCGCUUCGACAUCCACUCGGGCGUGAUCACAGUGGAGUCCCCCGUGCUGACGCUGACCCCCGGCGCCAAGCAUACACUGGACCUUAAAUUCUGGACUCGUGGAUCAGUGGUGUACCCUGCUACUCUGAGGAUUCGCAAGAAGACUCCUGACGGCCGCUACGACGCCCUGCCCUUCCUCAACCUCCGCAACUACGGGGACACAGACAACGCCUACUGGAUCAGCUUCAGCCGCCAGUACCUCAUUCCCGAGAACACCGACGAAGUGUCCUAUCAGGUAGGUUUCGGAUUAAGGCUGCUGGUUAGGAUUCCUCUUGUCGUAAUAGGUAGGAUUUUUCUUGGGACUGUCGGUCAGGGACUUUUCUUAGUUUGACCGGUAGGAUUCUUCUUAUAUUGGGAGGUAGGGAUUC